AUGGAAAAUGGCUCUGGCGCGUCCGUCUCGAGCGCAGCUUCCGACACCGAAGAACCCCCGCACGUUUCGAUCCAACCGAAAGACAUCUUGAACACUGAACCGGCGCAGGAUACAAUAGAUGAGGAUCUCCCGGAGACCACCACUCUGAUCAACCUCUCUGGUGCCCUGGACAAACAGGCAUUACACAGUGACGAACAUGACGCGUCGCAACCCAGCCCAAGCGGAGCUCAGAGCGAUGCGCCUGCUCAAAGCUCAAGGACAACACCGAGCCUCUUCAACAAUCCACCGAAUCUUGCGCGUAUACGAAAAAUCCUGUUUGAGUGCAAGGACCCGAUAGAAAUCAGCCUGGAAGAAUUUGAGACAUAUUGGCCUUUUAUCGACAAUGUCUGGGUCAAACAAAGAUCGAACGCGAGCAAGGAGGGCCAUUGCACCACAGAUUACUACAUGUGUCGUUUACGGCGCCCAACGCACCGUAGCAAUGAAACGCGCCCAUUGCCUGCAGGAAAACGGCCUCGUAAGAAGCGCAUCCGGGAGGGAGGCAUCUGCAAUUUCCAGAUCAAGGUUGUCCGAUUCGAGGGUGCAUACUCCGCCGUCACCAUCGCUCGAACGCCCGGUAGCUGCAGCCUUCACUCGCAUGACCUCGAUUACAUAGACCGGGUCAAACGGAACUCGGGGCUGAUGGAGUAUGCGCGGAAGGAGUCCGUAAAGGGGUACCUUCCUUCAUCCAUUUACACUAAGUUCCAAGAGGAACCGGACAAGCUCGGAGAGGCCGGCGGGCGCUUCUUCACCGUGACCGACGUCCGUAACGUAUCUGCCAAAUGGCGCAUACAGAACCCAGAAGUGAAUCUGGUGGCGCAUGAGGGCUACGAAUAUCAAAAGGGCCACGGCAUUGUCAAGACCCAGGGCACUGACGGUGUCAACGAAGUCCCCUCGCAGAUAAAACCCACCUCGUCCUCCACAUCACCCUCCUUACCACCAGACACCUUAUUCUUCCCUAGGUUUUCGCUCGACUUCUUACAACCAUAUCUCCCGAACCACUCCGAGCGUCGGGAAUUCCCUCAUGUCACCUUGUCAUAUGCGUCAUCGAUGGAUUCAAAGAUCUCCCUUCAGCCUGGAAUGCAGACAGUAUUAUCUGGACCCGAGGCAAAGCUGAUGACCCAUUACCUCCGCUCCCGACACGAUGCCAUUCUCGUUGGAGUGGGGACCGUGCUUGCAGAUAAUCCAGGUCUCAAUUGCCGACUCGAGGGAGCUGGUGGGUUCGGUGGUCUUGGUAGGAUGUGGCAGCCUAGGCCAGUGAUCAUUGAUCCCACGGGGCGAUGGCCGGUCCAUCCCGAAUGCCGGAUGCUGCGAACUGCCGUGGAUGGCAAAGGCAAAGCCCCAUGGGUUGUAGUGUCCCCGGGGGCUCAGAUCAACCCCCAGACGCUGAUGAUGCUGAAGGGAUAUGGAGGCGACUUUCUCCGCAUUGUGGAAUACAAUCAGCACUGGCGACUCCGUUGGGAAGCUGUGUUCCGCGCUCUGGCGUCCGAGGGCAUCAAGAGCGUCAUGAUUGAGGGCGGUGGCACGGUCCUAAGUGAGCUGUUGAAUCCCGAGUAUACCAGCUUCAUCGACUCCAUCGUUGUGACGGUUGCGCCCACCUAUCUUGGACGCGGAGGGGUGAAUGUCAGUCCGGAUUCGAAACAAGAUCCGGAGGGCACACCCAACGCUGCAUUGAACCCUCGCGACGUCAAAUGGAUGCCAUUGGGGCAGAACGUGAUUAUGUGUGGCAAGAUUCGACCUGAAGUCGAUUAG